AAAGCAGGACGCUCUUGUUCUCACUCUUCACUUUCGCCACAAAUUCCCUUUUCUUUUAAGCGAGCGCCAGUUUUUUUAAACCUUCGCAAGAAUUUGGCAAAAUGGCAACUUUCGGGAGAGGGAUCUGUAUCAUCACGGGAGCGUCUAAAGGGUUUGGACGGGCACUGGCUCAUGAAAUGUCCCAUUCUCUGGAGCCUGGCUCCGUCCUCCUGCUGGUGGCUCGCUCUGGGACUUUGCUGCAGGACCUGAAGGAAGAGCUGCACAGCUUCAGUGAGAACCAGCAACUGAUUGUUCACUGCAUCGCCGUCGACCUGAGCACCAGAGAAGGGGUGAAUGAGACAGUGAGGAUGGUGAAGCAGGAGGCUGUAAAUGAAAUUGAUCAUGUGCUCCUUAUCAACAAUGCUGGCUCUUUGGGGGAGAUUUCCGGAUUUGAGCACUUCACAGAUCUUGAAAUGGUGAAUUCCUUUAUGUCCUUUAACGUCAGUUCAGCUCUGGCGUUGACUGCAGGAGUCCUGCAGGCAUUUCCAUGCCGAGCCGGCCUGCGGUGGAACGUGGUGAACGUCUCAUCAAUAUUUGCACUAAAGGCCUUACCGUCCUGGGUUCUGUACUGCACCGCCAAGGCCGCCAGAAAGAUGAUGUUUAGCGUUCUGGCUGAGGAGGAACCAAAUGUCAAGGUCCUCAGCUAUUCACCAGGUCCGAUGGACACAGAUAUGCAGGAGGAUAUUCUGAGGCUCACAGGCGUCAGUCAUUGUCUGCUCCCCUGCCAGGAGUCUGCAGUCAAACUGGUUAAGUUGCUUCACAACAAUGACUAUCCCUCAGGGAAACACCUGGACUUCUUUGAAGUGUGAUGUUCGUAUAAUUAAGAAUGAAGAAUCAUUAUUAACAAACGUAUAUCACUAGAUUUUACAUGUGUGUGUGUGUAUCCAUGGUGAACUGUGAGUAUUGGAGCCAGGCCAUCAACUCAGCCGCUCUUUGUCGCUGCAAACCUGUUUAAAGCUUGUUGCAAAGCAGCAGAGCACAUGCUAACAUAUAAAUACUAUUGACCAGCUACACACAGUCAGCUUGGUUAGAUUCCUCACAUUUGAACUGUUCAGUUCAGAAUGUUCUGGGCUCAUAAUCCAGCACGAUGUUGAAACAGUGGAGAUUCGCUGCCGUCGAAGCGUUUGGGAUGUCUGAUAUUCUGUCCAUGAUUAUUUAUGUUCCUUGAGUUUACAAGGGUUCAGCAAACAUCCAAAUAAACAAUGUCUUUCAUAAACUUCGUUCCACCCAGUACAAAUCAAAAUGUUGUUGGUUUGAAACACACAUUGUUUUCUUGUAUGAUGUCACUCAUGUUUUUGUGUUGUUUUCAAAGGAAAAUUGUUUUUUUAUUUUCCUCUGUUCAUUGUAAACAGUUUUACGUUGUUGUUGAUGUUGAUGUCAAAUCAUUGUGAUAUGUAUAAAAUUAUAAUUAUUAAUAAAUUAACAAAUAUCUUAA